GGUUAGGAAUUUACGGAUUGGGGCCAUGAUGAGAACCGUUCUGCCCGCAUUGGCUCAAGCUGUUGUUUUGAAUUCCUCUAUUGAUGGAGGAACAUUUGGAAAUCUGAAGGAACAGCUUCAGUGCAUGUCUGCAGCCGUAGUUGAAGCAUAUAAUGUACUGCCUAAUUUGAAUCUGCUCAUUCCUACUCUAAUGGAUAAAGGGACCAAAUUUUCUUCGACAACUUUGUCAAUGGUUCCAGGCAUACCCAUCAAGCCAAUGCUGGCAAAAAUUACUAAUGGAAUACCUGAAGUGUUGAAGCUCUUUCAAAAUAAAGCUUUUACAUGUGAAUAUAAAUAUGAUGGUCAGCGAGCUCAAAUUCACAGAUUAGCUGAUGGAUCUUUCCAUAUCUUUUCACGAAAUGGCGAUGAAACAACAUCCAGAUUUCCAGAUUUGGUCAACAUAAUUAAGGAAUCAUGUACUCCAGCCUCUGUAACUUUCAUACUGGAUGCUGAGGUAGUUGCAGUUGAUAGGAAGAACUACUGCAAGCUUAUGUCUUUCCAAGAAUUAUCUACGCGAGAGAGAGGAAGUAAAGAUUCCUCAAUUGCAGUAGACACCAUAAAGGUUGACAUAUGUAUCUUUGUCUUUGAUAUCAUGUUUGCGAACGGAAAGCAGUUGUUGGGUUUUCCUUUCCGCCAAAGACGAAAAUAUCUGAAGGAUUUGUUUGGUGAUGAGAAGUUGGGUUAUUUCGAGUAUGCGAGGGAAAUAACAGUAAGUGCUCUGCUAUUUGCAUAUUCCAAUGCUGAUCAGUGUUGGCUUUUGGGUUACUUUGCUUUAGAACCUAUUGGGCUGUUGGGCUGGGCUGUGUUACCUUGUUUGAGACAUUGUUGGGCUGUUGUUGUUCUUGCUUUGUUGGGUUUCUCGGUUUGUUAUUUGCUGGUAUGCUUUGCUGGUUUGCUAUUUGUUGUUGCUCUUGAAGCACAACACCGUUCUUCUACUGGGACUGAAUUCUUCUACUGGCCCUGCUCUUGUUUAUUUUGGGCUGCUUUUGGCUACUGA